AUGAGCGCCGCGUUGGGGUGGUCGCGCGCCGCGUCGCCCUCCGCGAAUCGCUUUCACGGCGCGACGACGCCGUCGCGCGCGGCCGCCGCGGCGUCGCCGUCGCCGCGUUGCGGCGUCGGCAGUCGUCCGUUAGGAAAACGCGAUACUAACGUCGUCGUCGUCGUCGGACGACGACGCGGGGAUGGACGCGGUCGCGCGCGCGGCCCCCACCCCCCGCGCGCGGCGUUCCCCAUCUUCCUCCCCCUGAGCGAGUGGAACUAUCCGGGUCUCGCGAGCGACGCCGCGGUCGCGGUCGCGUCCUACAUCGUCUCCGACCUCAUCGCGCAGUCCUCCGAGCGCAAGGUGGCGGCGUCCUCGGUGGACACGCGCGCGCCCGCGCUCGUCGAUCCCUCCCCGUCGGCGCCCGCGCUCGCGACGUGGGACGCGCGCAGGCUGCGCCGGUACGCCACGUUCGGCGCCAUGGACGGCGUGUUCUCGCACGGGUGGUACACGUGGCUGGACGACGCGGUGGCCACGUGGCCCGGCGUGGCCACGUGGCCCGCGGGCGGCGUCGCGGGCGGCAUCGAGAACGCCAACGCGGCGGGGUUGCGCGUCGCGGAGUCGAUCGUCGCGGACAUGACGAUCUUCGCGCCGAUGUGGUGCGCGGCGUUCUUGACGACGAUGGCGGUGCUCGCCGCGAAAGACGGGCACGAGGAGGAGGAGGGAAAGGAGGAGGACGGGGUUCGCGGGGACGCGCCGCCGACGCGGCGCGCUGAGAACGCCCCUGACGAGACGUGGUGGCAAUCCGCGCCGAGGGCGGCGAGGAAACGUCUGAAAGAGGAGUGGUUCACGCUCUACGCCGCGGACGCCGCGUGGUGGAUCCCCGCGGACGUGAUCGUGUACGGCGUCGCGCCGGUUCAAUUCAGAGUGGGCACCUACGCGGCGAUCAACGUCGUGUACACCGCGUUGUUAUCCCUCUGGGCGGAGAAGAAGCUCCUGAAAGAGUUGGCGCUCGCGAAGGCGCUCUCUCGCGAGGAGGAGACGAGUACGAGUUGA